AUGGAGUAUCGAACUGAUCAAAUCGGAGAAAAUAUAUGCAGUCUUAUUGGAAACACUCCAAUGGUUUAUCUCAAUAAACUUACCAAGGAUUGUGUUGCAAAAGUUGCUGUUAAAUUAGAAUUUUUGAAUCCUGCAUGUUCAGUCAAGGAUCGAAUCGGAAAUGCUAUGAUAAAAGAUGCUGAAGAGCAGAAGAAAAUUCAGCCUGGUGUUACCACAUUGAUUGAACCCACAUCAGGGAAUACUGGUAUCGCGCUUGGAUUCGUGGCAGCCGCAAAAAAUUAUCGCCUCAUAAUAGUAAUGCCAGCUUCAAUGAGUAUUGAAAGAAGAAUUAUGUUAAAAGCAUAUGGUGCGGAAUUAAUAUUAACAGAUCCAGCUGAAGGAAUGAGGGGUGCAAUUAAACGAGCCCAAGAAAUCGCUGCACAUAUACCGCAUUCAUUCAUAUUACAACAAUUCGAAAACUCAAGUAAUCCAAGGAUUCAUUAUGAAACAACGGGCCCUGAAAUAUGGAAACAAACUGGUGGGAAAGUCGAUAUAGGAAUUUUUGGAGUUGGAACUGGAGGGACGAUUUCUGGAGUUGGGAACUAUUUAAAGGAAAAAAACUCCGAAAUAAAGAUAAUUGCCGUUGAACCAGAAGAAUCUGCUGUCAUAAGCGGCGGCCACGCCGGACCUCAUAAAAUUCAAGGUAUCGGCGCAGGAUUUAUUCCGGACACCUUCAACAGAGAGAUAUGCGAUGAAAUAAUAACAGUGAAAUCCGAUGAAGCAAUUGCGAUGUCUAGAGAAUUAGCCCGAAAAGAAGGAAUAUUAUGCGGGAUUUCUUCUGGUGCUAAUCUGGUGGCAGCUUUAAAAGUCGCUAAGAGAUCUGAAAACCGUAACAAAUUAAUUGUAACAGUACUACCAAGUUUCGGAGAACGUUAUUUCACCCACCACUUUUCGCUUGGUACCUCCACCAACUAG